ACAGAAACACGAUGGAUCUCGCUGUGGGCCAACAGCCUAGCAACAGUUUGGCGUACACGAAUCGAUGCAAGGAAGCCCAUCCUCAUUCUACUUCUCUGCUCCUCUCCCAUGUAGGGUAUAUGUAAGCCACCCCGAUUGGGAGUUCCUUCUUUCUCGCGUAGGCAACCCUGAGGCCAGCAAGAUUGAGGACGACGCGCUGCUCAUAACAGUAAAUGGACUGGUUUUUGCGGUCAGUCCAAAUAAGGGCAUCGAGACUGGGAACAUAGGCCUGAACUCGUUGCAACGACGUUUCGGUGUUUUUACGCUGACCCAGCGCGUCAAAGUGGACAUUUUCGAGAGUAAUGCUGGUCUAGCACUUACCUCUGUAAUAGUCCGUGUGGACCUCUUGGCAAAAGGUAAAGUCAAGUCGCCCUUGCUGCUAGCCACGGAGGAAAUGGCCGGGGCCUUCAAGGCCGCCUUUCUUUCGCAGGUCUUACAGACGCAGCAGCCCGUGGCAUGGGAUUUUCGUGGCACGAAGCUGGAAUUGAUCAUAGAGAGCUUUCAAAAUCUGAUACCGGGUGGAAACUGCCCCAACGCUGGGCAGCUCUUGCAGCCCACGGAUGUCGUCUUCACGAAGGAGAAAGGCGCCAUGGUGGCCCUGUCCGGCGCCAAUUCGGGCGCCCCCCGCGACAACAUCAUCAACCCAGAUUUUGAUUUUGGGAAGCUAGGUAUCGGAGGUCUUGGGAACGAGUUCAAUCAAAUUUUUCGUCGGGCCUUCGCGUCGCGCGUCUUUCCCGGGCACAUCGUCAAGCAACUCGGGAUCAACCACGUGCGGGGCAUGUUGCUUUGGGGCCCACCAGGCUGCGGCAAGACCCUCAUCGCGCGUACCAUCGGAAAGAUUCUGAAUGCGCGCGAGCCCAAGAUCGUGAAUGGGCCCGAGGUCCUUGACAAAUACGUGGGCGGGUCGGAGGAGCGGAUCCGGGAGCUUUUCAAGGACGCGGAGAAGGAGCAGCAGGAAAUGGGGGACGGUAGUGGCUUGCACGUGAUUAUUUUCGAUGAGAUUGACGCCAUUUGCAAGUCUCGUGGCUCCAGCCGCGACAGCACUGGCGUUUCGGACUCGAUUGUGAACCAGUUGCUCUCUAAGAUCGACGGCGUGAAUUCUCUGAACAACAUCCUGGUCAUAGGGAUGACGAACAGAAAGGACAUGAUCGACGAGGCAGUUUUGCGUCCCGGUCGGCUGGAGGUGCACGUGGAGAUCGGGCUUCCUGACGAGGAGGGCCGCCUGCAGAUCAUAUCUAUCCACACAAAAAGCAUGCGGGAGCAUAAACGCAUCGCGCCCGAGGCCGUGGGAAAACUUGCGGAGCUCGCACGCGCCACCAAGAACUACUCCGGCGCCGAAAUUGAAGGCUUAGUCAAGUCGGCGGCCUCAUUCGCCUUCCAGCGCAACGUGAACGUGAAGGACCUGUCUCAGCUUAAGGAGGAGGAGCUGAUAGUGGAGUGGGCGGACUUUCAGCGGGCCCUCUUGGAGGUCCCUCCCCGUUUAGGGGCCAACUCGGAGGAGCUUGAGGUUUUGUUUCGGAAUGGCAUCGUCCCGUACGGCUCCUCUUUCGACGCGAUCAUGAUGACCCUGCGCCGCUUCGUCCAGCAAGUCCGGGUCUCGGACCGGACGCCCCUCCUGUCUGUCUUGCUUGAGGGCGCUCCCAGCACGGGGAAGACGGCGAUUGCCGCCUCUUUGGGCGUGCAGAGCGAGUUUCCCUUCGUGAGGGUCGUAUCGGCGGAUGCCAUGGUCGGCUUCUCGGAGACCGCCAAGUGCUCGGCCAUCCUGAAGGCUUUCCAGGACAGCUCCCGCUCGCCCCUCUCCGUGAUCGUCCUCGACGAUCUGGAGCGGCUCAUCGACUACUCCCCCAUCGGCCCACGGUUCUCUAACACGGUGGUGCAGACCUUGCUGGUGCUUCUGAAGAAGCCGCCCACCUCCCCGGACAAGCGCUUGCUCGUGAUCGGCACGACCUCGGUGGCGGCCCAUCUCGAGGACCUGCAGCUCGUCCAGGGCUUCAACGUGAUGCUGACCGUGCCCCAGCUGACGGGCCCGGAGGAGAUCAAGACGGUCCUACGGGAGGUGGUCACCUCCCUGUCGCAGAAGGAGAUGGAUGAUAUCACGUCAGCGAUCAGCCAGCCAAUAGGGAUCAAGCAGCUCUUGAUGGUGACGGAGAUGGCGAGGCAAGGAGAGGAGACCGUCUCGACCGAUAGAUUCUUGGAGUGCCUGCACAUUUGUGGGUUCUGAGAUGGGAAGGAGAAGAGGAAUUAUCCAAGUGUGGAGAGGACGGGUAUUGAGUUGCAGGCGCGCCGAGCGAUGAUGGUGGAGAUGAUGGGAGUGGAGGGCUAUGUAAAAAAAAAGUCAAAAAGCACCUUAAGAGCGCGACGGGAGAGACCGACGCUUUAUCCUCCAAGUUUAGGAUCGCGAAAUUGGCUUUGUGAAAUUUGGCCUUUUUGCAUUUUUUGUACGGAAUUGAUUUCAAAGCAAAAGAAGUUAGAUUUGAUAAAGA